AUGCGCAUUUCAUCAAACGCUGUCAAUGCACUGCUGGCCAUCUCAGGCGCCGCUGCCCACAGCGACUCCAAGAGGGCUACCGGCCUGGCCACACCACCUGCCCCCGAGCCCAUCGAGGUUGUCGAGCUGCCACAGCCUCCUGCUUUGGCCGACACCAGCGAAGGCGCAUGUACCUCGGACGUUAACUCGCACAGCACCGGCUGUAUACUUCGGACCGGUCUCCAGAGCGGUGACUUUACACCAGACGGCCUCCACGUAGCCGCCACAGUCACCUAUGUCGGCGCUCCAGCCGCCCCGGACCCGGCCAGCAUUUACUCCGGUGUGCAAUUCAUCCUGAUCAAGGCCGACGGCACGACCUUUCCCAACGGUGACGCCUGGAAGUGCAUCACCUGUGGCGUUCCCGAGGCCAACCGAGCCGGAGUGACAGGCGACCUGGCCUCGUACCCCCAGACAUUCCAUGACGGGACACGAGCGCUGUCCGGCAUCAACAUCAUCGACUGCGGCGGCGCCGAGCUGGCAAGUGAGGCCUGCACGCCCAACAGCACACACAUAUACCCCAUAUUCUUCGAUGACGGCACCGAGACUGGGCUCGAGAUCCGCGAGCUGCGCCUCCACCCGGACAACGUCCAUAUCACGUGGAACAGCUUCAGCGUGUCGACCGCUGGCCUACUGGACGAGUUCACUGGCAUCUCCCGGCUGCAGUUUGACGAGGCGGCAUCGAGGUACAGCCUCGUCAACACGACCAUCCUGCGCAACCCGGAGAACCCUUACCCAAUUUCCGUUGCGGAUGACGGCCGGACUCUUCUCCUCAACCGGUCCGCUAUCACGGUCGGCGAGCUGCGGGGCUGGACAGGCACCGGGAAGGAGGUCACGUACGUGGGAUACCCGGUCGAGUCCUGCAACAUUGACGUUUUCGCCGUCGACCUCGCCACCGGCGCCGUCCGCCGCCUGACCUCGCACCCGGGCUACGUCGACCCCAUCAGCGUAUCGCCCGACGACGAGUGGCAGAUCGUCCUGGACACGCGCGGGACGCAGAGGGUCGAGUUCAUGGCGGCCCUGCGCACGGUGCCGCCCGUGACGGACGUGAUCACGGCCACGGCGUGCUCGUCGGUGCGCAACAACGGCAUGCGCCGCUUCUUCCAGCCGUUCCUCCUCGACCGCGACGGCGACCGCGGCCUGUACUUUGGCCAGCAGCUCAACGCCGCCGGCAACGGCAGCGCCGGCGCCGUCAACGACCCCAACUGGAACGCCGGCGCCGACCCGCGCUGGAGCCGCGACGGCACAAAGGUCGCCUACUACCAGUGGCUGGCCGUCGACCCGGCCUGCGGGGGGGACAACCCCCUCGCGUGCGAGGCGUCGCCCUACCCGGACGGCCGCGCGGCGCGCGUCAUGGUCGCGCACCUGACCAGCCGCUCGCCGCUCGCCGUGCCCGAGCCCUCGGAGCUGGAGAUCCCGGACGAGGUCCCCUGGGCCAUCAAGUACACGCCGGGCAUGCAGAUCCCGGACCUCCCCAUCCUGCCGGCGGGCGAGUACACGCUGUACGGGUCGGCGAGCGGCCACGCCAACGUGACGGUCGUCUGGGACCCGGCCACCAACUCGAGCAUCCAGUCGGUCGCGGCCACGUACCACGACUUCUGCGACGACGGGCACAACGUGCUCGCCGGGUUCGAGAACGUCACCUUCACGGCGCUGAACCUGACGAACGGCCACUGGGACUGGUUCUCGGACUUGUCCUCCACGGGCCCGGUCGCCAACGGGACCAAGAUCACGAGUGAUGAUGGGUUCCACAUGGAGGUGGACGCGUUGUAUAACAAGUUCACCGCCAACGGCACUCUUAUCACGAAGGUCGACGGCUUUGGUCCGUGGGUGCAGCCUUGCAAUGAUUGCUAG